AUGCCUCAAAACCAUCGAUCAGAUGUAGAAACGGGCCAUGAGCAGAUACGUCCGCUGGACGGCUUCCCAUCUCUGGCAAACUUCAUUUCAAGCGAUCCGGACCGUACAUCGCUCGUUUUUCAUCGAUUUGAUAGGCUUGCGGCUCGCAACUUGCUUUAUUUCCAGAGUGAACUUGCAGCUCUAGAGGCAAGACUCGAGCAUACCGAUUCCCAAGAUUGCAGUAUAGAAUUUGGAGACGCUGAUACACAAGAAUGCGCGAAGAGCUGGGAGCUGUUCCAUGGGGUUGCAGAGGGUGGAAGCAAUCCACGCCAGAAGGCUCGGAUGGAUCUUGUGUUCGAAGUACGGCAGAAACUAAAAGAAUAUAGAGAGGCAUUGAUUUUUGAAAGCACACUUGCAUCUCUCGGGCCACCACCAGUGCGCACAUUUGAUGCGAUCCACCAUGCGGCGACUAGAUACGAUAAGGCUCUAAAACAGCGAGAGUCCAUCAUGACCGGGUCCAGCGCGAAGCUCUACACCACGAACGAGGAUCUUGUGGUCCUAAAGCAGCCAGAAUUCGAGGAUAGGCUGACAAGUUUUGUCCAUCGGUAUCUCCCAGUGUUCUUCAUGGCGGAGAGACGUGAAGAUAAUAUGGCAUAUAUCCUAGAGAAGCGGAUAGCUCGAUUUGUGACCAUUCUCAGCGUCUUAAUCACAGUGAUUCUGCUGUUCGUCGCUAUCCUGGCUCUUUAUUAUAUCUCGAAUCCAACUGUCAAGCUCAUUAUGGUUGGAGUUUUUAUGCUGCUAUUCGCUGGUAGCGUGGGUCUAUUCACAACUGCGAAACGAUCUGAAGUGUUUGCAGCUACUGCCGGCUACGCAGCAGUCCUUGUUGUUUUCGUAAGUGGUAAUCUGGGAUCUGACCCAUGGCCGUCUGGGUUGUGGAGUGGUGGCAAUUGCACGUGUACAGGCUCGAGCUAA